AUGGUGAACACUUUGAUUCAACCAGGGGACAAUCCGGACAUCACCUUGGAAAGGAAAAAGGCGACAUUCGAUAUUCACCAAAUGGGAGCUUUCAUUCAUGGUGGAGAGCACAAUUUACAGAGAAGAAAGGAGAUCUUGGAGUUCGUGGAGAGUCGACCUGAGUUCAAAGAUCCGAUUCCACCGGAGUUUAUGACGAGAGAGGAUCGAGUCAUGAAUAAUGGAAGAAAGGCGGUAGCAAUGACUGAUCUAGCUGACGCCAUCGAUGGCUCAGAUUUCUUUGGAGAAGGAAUUUAUUAUCAAGGACUAAUUAUGGGUCGUGAUUUGCAUGGGAUGUCACUUCACUACGCAAUGUUCUUUCCAACGAUUCAGAAUCAAUCCGAUGACGAGCAGCUCGAUAACUGGUUACCUUUGGUCGUCUCUCGGGCAAUCAUUGGAACUUAUGCGCAAACUGAAUUAGGACACGGCACAAAUCUACAAAAGCUUGAAACAAGAGCUACUUAUGAUUCGAAAACAAAAGAAUUCAUUUUGCACAGCCCACAAAUAACAGCGGCAAAGUGGUGGCCGGGAGGCUUGGGAAAGACGGCGAAUCAUGCAAUUGUGAUGGCUCAACUGUACACUCAAGGGAAAUGUUUUGGCCCACAUCCAUUCUUUGUUCAACUCCGGGAUCUUGAUACUCAUAUGCCAAUGAAGGGAGUGAAACUCGGAGAUAUUGGUCCAAAGCUGGGAAUCAAUGGAAGUGACAAUGGUUUUCUUCUUUUUGAUCAAUAUCGAAUUCCAAGAAAGAAUAUGUUCAUGAGAUAUGCAAAGGUAAAUGAAGAUGGGACUUAUAUCGCUCCAAAGCACUCAAAACUUGGAUUUGGAGCAAUGGUUUUUGUGAGAUCGAUUAUGAUAAAAGAUCAAGCUAUGCAACUAGCAGCUGCUGCAACAAUUGCUGUCAGAUAUUCAGCGGUGAGGCGACAAGGAGAGCCGGUAACUGGAGCCGGUGAGGUUCAAAUCAUCGACUAUUUAACUCAACGGCAUCGUCUGUUGCCACAAGUCGCUCGAGCUUAUGCCUUUCACUUUGCCGCUUGUCAAACAAGAGAUAUGUACUUGAAGUUGACCGAAGACUUGAACACUGGGAGCACCGAGCUUCUUCCUGAGAUUCACAUCAUCUCUUCUGGUCUUAAGUCGAUAGUCUCCUGGGAAACCGCUCAGGGAAUUGAACAAUGCCGUCUUGGUUGUGGUGGUCACGGGUAUUCACAAGCAUCCGCUUUCCCUGAGAUUUAUGCAUACGCUGUGGGCGGUUGCACUUAUGAAGGCGAGAAUUUGGUGAUGCUGCUGCAAGUGGCCAGAGCAUUGAACAAAGCGGCUGAGGGAGUGAUUUCUGGAAGCGCGAAACUGGCGGAUCUCUGCGAGUACUUGGGCAGAAAAGGGAACGGGAAGAGCAGCUUCACUGUCAUUUCGUCAGCCACCCCACAAAACAUCAUUCACGACUUUGAACAUGUCGCUCGCACACAAGUAUUCCGUGCGCAUGAGCUAUUGAAAAAGAAUCAAAGCAAGAUGUCGAAUGAAGAAGCUUGGAAUAGAACAUCGGUUGAAUGGGCUAAAGCAGCUAGGAUGCAUGUGAAACUCUACUUGAUCAAGAAUUUUUUCAACAAAGUUGCUGAGGCUGUAGAUUCAUCGAUUCGUCAUCCACUUCAUGAACUCGCGAUGCUUUAUGCGCUUGAUUUGAUCGCUGCCGCUGGACAUGAGUUUUUGAGGAAUGGUUUCAUGAUCGAUUCGCAAUUGGACUCGGUGAGAGAUGGAAUCUAUGUGCUUCUGGAGAAAUUACGACCGAACUGUGUGGCGCUCGUUGAUGCUUUCGAUUUAUCCGACAGAGAGCUUCACUCGGUGCUCGGGCGUCGCGACGGAAAUGUCUAUGAGCAUUUGAUCAAAUGGGCUCAACAAAGCCAACUCAAUCAGAAGGAGGUUCUUCCCACCUUCGACAAAUACUUUAAACCAAUGAUGUUAAACGCUAGAGCCAAUCUC